AUGCCCCUCCCUCCUUCUCCCCUGAAACUCUCACACCGCUACCCAUCAACAAUGGACGACUCACCAAUCUCACCCGGGACGUCAAACAUGAAUGGGUUCUCACUACCAAGCCCUCGGUCUCCCCAAACACCCCGUCUUUCUGCUCCUCCGUCCCCAAUCGCAUCCCGCCACAAUUCAACGGCCAUGAGUGGAUCCCACCGCGAAUCCGGGGAUUUUUCAGGCACCGCCGAGGCAGGGGGCGGGGGCUUAGGAAAUCUGGCAGAUGAGCUUGCUGAUGCCUGGGAUCAAGAAGAUGACGGUUAUGGAUACGCUUCAGGUCAGGAAAACGGCCGCGCGGAGUCACAGCAAAUGGAUCAUAGUGACAUGGAAGAUGCAUAUAUGCAAUCUGUGCAUGAUAUGCGGACUCGAUCGCCAACACCAUCCCCAGAAAGGGAUUCGCUUCACCCAGGAAGGACUAAGAACCGCGCCAACCAUCUGCGACAACACCGGCGACAGGAGUCGCAAUAUGAUGGCUCAGAUUAUGGGCCCGACUCGGACCUAGACGAGGCUGCAGAUAUCUCCCCCGCACUGGAGAAUCAAAUGGCCGAAAUUGAAAGCCUUGUUCGACGGGGCAUAGAAAAUAAUGGCAGCGAAAAUGACCACGUUAUUCAACGGACAGUCGAGUCCUUGAAAGACCUCGGUGGACAGAGCGGCAUUGAGAACAGUGCAAUGAGACUUAUUACUGCGCAUUCCUCAAUCACAUCACAUCUCACACACCAAACCCGCACCCUGCAAUCUCUCAUCCACCCACUCUUGUUCUCUUCCUUCCCCUUACUCUCCGAAGAUGUCAUUGACUCUCUGCUGCCUCUUAUCGACGAAGGCUUAUUGCCAAGUCUCCCAUACCCCUUCCCCGAACAGUCCCGCCGCGGCUCCAGGCCAACCACUCCACAGUCAUCUGCUCAUAACCCACUAGUCUCUCUACAAGCACUCAUCUCCCAAACUGCCGAUAUCACUCAUUCACUUCGCGGUCUUAGUGACACACUCUAUGAGUCAAGGCAAUUAACAUCCACUGCUUCCCGAAGACUACGAUCUGCGCGUGAGCUCGUCGCUGAGAUCCGACGGGAAGACGAGAGCCGCGAAGAGGGCUCCCGAUGGAUCGAACGGGGUGAAUGGGACCGCCGGCUGAAAGAUCGAGAAGCUGGUAAAGUGUGCGGAGAUGUAGUCAGUGGGUUUGAGGCGGUCUGUGGAGAGUGGCGCGAGAAGCUGUUUGGGGCGAAUCCUGAAGUGGCUGCAGCAUAA